CGCCCCCGGGGGGAGCGGGCGCUUGCCGGCUAGGCGGCGGGUUCGGCUGCGCGGCGAGGCUGAGGCGGCCGCGGCGGCCAGAGCUCAGGGAGCGGACGUGUGGUUCCUGAUCCUUGGCACCAAAGACAGCUAGGCCUCGUGCACAGCUCUCUGAACAACAGGGGCCCAGAGCUGAUGGCAGACAAUGUCAGCCACUAACAACAUAGCCCAGGCCCGGAAGCUGGUGGAGCAGCUCCGCAUCGAAGCUGGCAUCGAGCGCAUCAAGGUGUCCAAAGCCUCGUCAGAACUCAUGAGCUACUGCGAGCAGCACGCCCGGAAUGACCCCCUCCUGGUCGGAGUCCCCGCCUCCGAGAAUCCCUUUAAGGACAAGAAGCCCUGUAUUAUUCUGUAGCCUUGUUUUCUGGUGUGUCCCUCCCUCUGUCUCUCUCAGCUAGGGCCUCAUUCACUACACAGUCAAGCAAAACAUUUCAAGUCCCAAAACUUCCAGUACCCAAAGAAAUGCGAACAGCCCCCACGGCGGAUGGGGUAAAAUGUGUCUCCCGGCCUUAGGUGGAUUCUCGAGCCCAGCAGCGCUGCCCUCCCAGGCCCGGCCGGAAGACGCUGGGGGUGCCGCUGCCACUUCCCAUCAGGAACAGCAGAAAUGCCCAAGUGAUGUGCUAACAAUUUUCUGAAACUUGGUUGCCGUUCGGGUUGCGGUCCAGAGCGGCGCCGGGCUGGGAGAAGGGAAGGAGGUGGGUGACCUGGCCACUGUCCCGUGCGCCCUGGCGGGUGGGGAUUCUCGCACAAUUGGCUGUUUGUGCAAAGACUGGUGCCAGGCCGACGCUGCAGUGCGUUUACUGUUUCUUCUGUGCUCAGCAGACUAAAAGUGGGUAGUGGGGGAAGGGCACAGCGGCGUGUUUUGGAAACAGGUCCCCUCUCCGUUUAAACAAUUGUUGUUCGACACCCCGGAGCCCCGAGCUCAGCGGCUGAGCCUGCAGCCACACAUUGUGUAGAAUGCACCCGCGGAUUUUAGAGGCCAGGAGGGAGGCUUUGUCUGUGGAGCGUGCCCUGCGUGGCCAAGUGUCGCCCUGCUGUGUGGCACUUGUGUGGCGUUUGUGUGGCACACAUCACCCGACAGCCCCGCUGCGGCCCCCCGCCCUUUCCUGGGACCCCACCCCACAGGGAAGCGGAUUUCCAGCAACCUGCCCUGGUCACUGGAACGGUCAGCUGUGUUCUGUUUUGUUUUGAGCACGAAACGGCCAUUUGAGCAGUUAGAAGCUGUGGUCAUAUUUGGCUUUGCCGGGUUGUCGUGUUGUGUUUUGUUUUUUUCCACUUUUUGCGCGUCGCCAUGGCCAUUUUGCAAACAGGAGUGCAGCCCGGGGAGGCCCUGCCUGACAGGUCAAAAGGCGUGAAGCUCCAGAAAGCAGCUGCAGGGCCUCGGGGUGAGAUGCGUAACCCAGACAGCUCCUGGCUCUUCCCUCCCGUGGUUUUUCCUUGAUCACUCGGCUCCUGUGACAGUUGACCUGGACAGUUAAGGGAGCAGGAGGCAAAGGGAGGACCCCGUGCACACCUGUCCCCCACCUGCCCCUGUACCCUUGCACCCGUGUGCCCUGCGCCAAGAGGGUCCUCACCUUACAGGCCAGGAGCUGGGUCCUCGUGCCAACCUCAAGGCUCCUGCUCCCCCCACCGAGCCCCUGCAAGUGCCAAGGCCCAGAUCCCACCAGCAUUAAGGUUUGGGGAUGAGAGGGAUGUGUCCCUGUGCCGGUGGGUGACGUCCCCAUGCGGGCUGGCUGCAGGGCCCAGCCUUGCUCCUCGGCUCCCAGCUCUCUCCGGCCGGUCCGGGAGCACCGGGGGCUUUGGGGAGCCCAGUUUCCCCAAACCUGCCGUUGGACGGGGAAGCUGCGAGGGCCCGAUGCCCUGGCCACUCUCACUGGGCGGGGAGUCAGCCUCUUGCUGUCCCCAGUAGAGCAGCAAGACGGAACAAAACCCGUUCGCUCAGCGGGGGGCCGGGGCGCCGGCGGAAUCCACCCCGAGACUCAACACUCGAGGGGCAGUUGGCAGAGCAAGCCCUGUCCGGCCACUUCUGUGAAAGAAGCCUUAAUCCCCGGAGCCCGCCUUCCCUCGCAUCCCCACCAUCCCGGGCUGGUCCUGGGUCACGGGUCCCCAGCGAGGCCCUGGUUUCAGUCCGACCCCUGCCCGCCAGCUGUGCCGCGUCCAGCCCCACCCAGUGUCCCUACCGGGUGGCCCCAAAACCUAGCUCAGGGCUCAGCCGGCAGCACCCCAGCCCUGAAUGAACUCGAACUCGAGUCAGAGCCCCGGGGCCAAGCAGUGUGGGUAAACCAGGCCCAGAGAGAAUGAGGAGGCACGUGGCCACCCCUGCCCAGCUGCCUCCCCAGGGGCCCCAGCCUCGACCCCGGGGGUGGCCGUCAGCAGAGGCCCACCUUGGGUGUCUUUCUAGCUGAGGAAAAGACCCCUCCUUUCUUCCUUCUAGAGUAAAUCCCAGUGUCCGUAGUGUAGACCCCCGAGCGCCGUGCACACGCGACAGCGUUUCCUGCCUGUGCUUCCCCGCGAGUGUCCCGCAUGAAACAUGGUGUGCGCGGUGCCUUCGGGAGCUAGCGGACGUGGCAAGGGGCCUGGGGGGACCAGUGUCUCUAGGCCACAUCACGGGGGGGAAAUUAAGGGCACACCCCCCAAAAAACAGGGCUGGGAGACACAGGGUCCCCUUCUCUCCUACAGCCUGCCUGGGUGUCCCUCCCCCACUCCAGGAAGGAGCUAGAAUGUGCACCCCUCCCCACAGGUGACUCCCAGGCCAAGGAUUGAGUGACUGGGGGGUGACCUCUGGCCCCGGGGAUGUGAACCGCUGGCGGCAGAAGGUGCUGCCCUUCUUCCUGUGACUCUAGCCCACGUGUCCCCACCGCAUCCCCACCGUGUCCCUGCGUCCCCACCAUGUACCCAGCCGCGUCCUUCCGGGCGCCGGGCCUCCAGGCAGCUCGUCCAUCUCUGCGCCGCCCGGCCCCUCUCAGCUCUGGGGGCAGGAAAGGCCGUCAGCCCGCCCCGAGGGCGAGUGACCAGGGCCAGUUUCCGGGCCAAAAUGAGGCCACCAACGGUCACUCGUCCGUCAAAAACACUUACAAAAAGCCAGCCUGCCACGGAGUCUCCGGGAAAGAAGCCAUAUGUCGGACACUCCACCCUCCUCCUUCUCUGUCCGUGGAAACCAUUGCCAAACAUUGCAAAGACCGGUUCCGGUUCGCAGAAGCCAUCUGUGGUUCUAGCAGGUUCUAUCCCACCUCCAUUUGGAUGUUCCGUGGCUUUUAUUUCUGAUUUAAAAAAAAAAAAAAAAUGACAACAAAAACAAUUCCAGGUGUGCCACACCCACUUUCUUGCAGUGUUUUAAUAUUGUGUGGAAUUGUUAAUACAGAGUGAACUAAUCCCCA